CAACCGGAUGUGACGCAAAUACGCAGACGACGUGAGUGACAUCGUUCAAGAUGGCGGCGCUGGCGUCCUUGAUGCUGAAGUCCAGAGCAGGUCUGCUGGUACCUGGCCAGACCUCUCUGCUGGACUCUGUGAGGUUUGCAUCCAAGAAGGCCGGUGGCAGCAGCAAAAACGUCGGCGGAAAGAGCCCCGGCCGCAGAUAUGGCUUUAAGAAACAAGAUGGUAAUUAUGUCCAUGCGGGUAACAUCCUAGCAACACAGAGGCUGAUAAGGUAUCACCCAGGAGCGCACGUGGGCAUGGGAACCAACAAGACGCUCUUUGCUCUGGAGGAGGGCUACGUCAGGUUCACCAAGGAGGUCUACGUCCCGCCGCCACGCAGCCUCGAGGCCACCCGGGUCAUCACCAAGCUGCCCAAAGGAGCCGUACUCUACAAGACCUUCAUCAGCGUCCUGCCACUCGAACAGGAGGGUAAAUUUAAACUGGUGGACAUGGUCUAAGACUGGACUGCACUGGACUGGACUGGGACGUCGUCGUUUCCCAGGUAUUCUCGCGGUGGACCCCGUUCGACAAGGAUUUGUUUUUGACACUUUCGCUGAUAUCUGGAGAUCUAAGCGAAGAGCACACCAUCAGCCAGAGAGCGGUCGGUGGACACCUGCAGACUCUCCCUGGCUUCCUGUCUCUGAGUUCCAUAAAUAUGUGACACACUCUAUGGCACCUACAAACAGAAGUUAAACUCUGUCACGCAUGGAUUUUUAUUUAUUGUUUUUCAGUUUAUUUUCACAAAACGUAACUGAAUAAACUGUAUAAAGAAAAACAUUUCCAGUGAACAUUUACAGAUUUUGUGUUAUUGGAGUCGACACUGUGGUGAUUUCCUGAAUUUGAUCAUAAUCUCAUCCCAAAGUAGUCCAUGGUAUGGGUGCAUAACUACAGUGUCAUUUGUUACAGUGACCGUUCACUGAGAUGCUUCGUGUUCACUCAGGACAACCCACCUAAUGAGCUGUGCUGUAAUACUGAACUGUAUUAAAGUUUUCUAUGUGAAAGUC